GCAGUGACUGCCAGACAUACGGACUUCCGUGAACUCGGUCGCCGCAUUUGCGAGAAAGAAUGUCUUCAGAAAGUUACACCGGAACUGCGUGGUGAAAUUUCUCACUGGGUUAUUGAACGGUCCACUCGAUUGGCCAUAUCCCGACUGGAGCUGGCCGCGGCAACAACAAAAGAGAUCACCGAAGCCGUCGGGGGUGAGGUUAUCAACGAGGCUAUGGAUGAGACGGCACUGGAAGUACAAGCCCAGAAAGAGGCAGAAGAAGCGGCCGCGAAUGCAGAGAAUACGGUAACUUCCGCAAUUACUGUGUCCAAUCUUUUGAUUUCGUCCCAACUCAUAGUCCGUGCACGUGAACCCCGUAAUCUCUUCUGUGCCGUAUAG